AUGAAAGAAAAGAAAAGGAACGAAGGAAAAGAAAAGGGAAAAAAAGGGACGACAGAAAAGAAAAGGAACGAAGGAAAAGAAAAGGAACAAAGAAAAAGAAAAGGAACAAAGAAAAAGAAAAGGAACAAAAGGAAUGAAGGAGAAAAAAGGAACGAAGAAAAAGAGAAGAAACGAAAGAAAAGAAAAGGAAAAAAGGAACAAAAAAGAGAAAAGGAACGAAGGAAAAAAAGAAAUGAAGAAGAAAAGGAAUGA